GAUUGAGCUGAAAAGGGGGAGUGAAGUGGUGCUGCGCAUGUCUAUUUCGCUGAGCUGGACUGAGCUGAGCUGAUGGAGGGGGAUCGGCUUCUGGCGUUACAGCUACAGGCAGCCUGGGAGAAGGAGGAGGGCGAUGUCGGUCCCAAUCCGGCCCAGCAACUGUCGGCGCCGCCUUCGGUGGUGGACGAGGAAUGGGAGCUGAUUGACCCGAAUCCCGACCUACACGGCCUAUUCCUGCAGUUUAAUGAGUUGUAUUUCUGGGGCCGCUUGGCCGGGGUGGAGGUUCGCUGGAGCCCGCGGAUGACACUUUGUGCAGGGGUGUGCUCCUACGAGGGGAGAGGAGGGUUGUGCUCCAUACGCAUCAGUGAACCUCUGUUGAAGCUGCGACCCAGGCGAGACUUGGUUGAGACGCUAUUACAUGAAAUGAUCCAUGCUUUGCUGUUUGUCACAAAUAAUGACAAAGAUCAUGAGUCUCAUGGCCCUGAGUUUUGCAAACAUAUGAGGAGGAUCAACAGGAUGAGUGGAGCCAAUGUGACUAUUUAUCACAACUUUCAUGACGAGGUGGAUGAAUACCGGCAGCACUGGUGGCGUUGUGAUGGGCCCUGUCAAAACAGGCGGCCAUAUUUUGGAUAUGUUAAGCGGGCAAUGAACAGAGCACCAUCAGCUCGAGACCCCUGGUGGGCUGAGCAUCAGCAGACCUGUGGUGGAGCCUAUACCAAAGUCAAAGAGCCUGAGAACUACAAGGUGAAGAAAGGGAAAUGUGGGAAAACGCCAGGGAAACCAAAGGAUGGAGUUAAAUCUCCAGGUGUGGACAUUCGUUCUGUCAUUCCGUUCAAUGGAAAAGGCCAUGUCCUCGGAGGCAGGAGCAUGAACUCGCCCUCUCAACGCACGCCCUUGGGGAAGAUUCCUGAGAGCAGCAAGUUGCUCAGCCCGCCCUCCCAGUUUGUUUCCCUGGGUGAUGGACCAGGAUCAGGAUCCUGGGCUGUUGAAUCCAACCAGCAGAGGAGAACUCCACAGGCUGCAAAUUCAUUUGACCCCAUGCCAUUGGGGGCUGGAUCACCCUGCGUCCUCACAGGAUGGUUGCUGAAAAGCCCUAAUAACCGUACAAGCCCAAAGACACCUAAAAAGUCCGUCAGCAAUAACAGGGCUUUUGUCAGCAUCAAUGGGUCACCUGUUAAGAUUGGCAGGACAAAAUCAAUGAACUCUGUGAAGGAGACAGUGCCUAAAAGUAGCCAAAAAAGGCCUGUCUCUGAAAUGCACAGGGAUCCUCAACAAUCGAGCCAAUCUGCCACUGGCACCAGCACCAGAAAAAAGGUUUGUGAUGAGCUGUCCGUCCCCAGAGGGUCCAUCAUUAGUGCUUUUGAUAAAUCACCAGCACAUAGACAGGGCAACCAAUCUGCUGCAGCAGGUGCGACAGACUCAAAUAAUUGGCACAGCUGGAAUGGCAUUGGCAUAACAGCAUCACAGAUUGGCAGCCCAACUGGCAACACCAGUAUCAGCACUGGCAGUGUGCCUGUUAACUGUCCUGUCUGUCAGUCUGCCAUCUUGCCAUCAGAAAUUAACCAACAUCUAGAUUCCUGCCUCCAGUGACUGGGGAAGAAGAGAGCAUUGCAGCUUGAGUGUGAAGGUGUGGACCAUGAAUUUUAUUUCAAUGUUGUUGGGGUCAGUUAAAAUCUCCAGGCAAAGGGUUAGGUUAAAAUUUGGGCAUUUAAACCCCCAUCUUCUUAACCACCUCCCUACCAACUCUUUUGUCUUUGUCAGAUUUUUGAAUGUAAUUAUAUUUAUUUAUUCAGUAACAUUUUUCUGAAAAAUGUUGCCAAGGCAAUUUAAUAUGAAUAAUGUAAACUAAAUGCUUUCUUUACACUUCACUGCAGAAUAACGUUCAGUUUAAUGCAGAUUUUGUAACAGUUUUAGCUUUGUAAAAUAAUUACUUGAAUUAUGCACCAUACUAAUAAAGUUGAUUGUCCUGA